UCUAAAUAAUAAUAUCUGCAUUACUGAUUUGUACAAUAGUUAAUAUUUUAAAAUGAUAAAGGCCGUUGUUGUAAAAUAUCUUGGCGAAAGAAAAUUAGUUCUUGCUAAUAAUAGCAAUAUUGCAGACUUUUUAACGAAUGUUUCUAAGAAGUUUGGUGACAUCUAUAUCAGUGGCAUCAUGUGGAAUAGAUGUGAAGUUGAUUCAGAAACAUUUGUUGCCAUUUUGAAUGAACAAAAUUUGGAAGUCGAAGUUUUACCUCCUGCAAAUAAUAAUGAGUUUGGCUCUUUUGUUCAAAGUUUAAAGGGGUUUUCUCCUGUUAAAAAUGUUUUUUCUGCUGUAGAUCUCUCUCACCCUGUUUCAUUCGAUUUUAACAACCAGCAAUCCAGCAAUCCAACCAAAACUCCUCAACUUUCAACUGCUACUAUAUUAUACCAAGACUCUAAUUAUGAAGACAAUUUCCUUGAAGAUUUAGAGUCUACAAAUUUGUAAAAUUCAAGUUUAUUGUCAACUGCUGAACAAGCUUCUUUAUCAAGUGCUGAACCACCUACAUCUCAAAAAAUUAACAGAAUCCCUUUUGGUGGUGAGACUAAACAAGCUUUCAUUGAUUUUUUUCCACCUCACAUUAAACUAUUUCUGAGCAACAAGUCUUCAGUUGAAGAUAAAGUGAUAUCUAGAGAGCUAAUGUCUUGUUUAUUAGCUUUUUGUUGUUUGCAUGUGCCUAAUCAUAGCAAUAUACAAAAUAGAAUAUUGUUACGGAAAGUAUUUUUUGCAAAGUUAAAGUCUACUUGCAUUUCCUUAUAUCCUUCUUACAUCAAUAAAUAGGUAAGAACGUCUUUAAUACUAUAAUUUUUAUUUUUAUUAAAAUUGGUAAUAAUUAU